AUGAAAUCACCAUCACCAUAUGAAGACUUGGAUUACCUCAAAAAUAUUGGCUAUAAUAAAAAGGAUAUCCUUGAAAUAAUAAAUCUACCUAAAAAUUCAUAUACUGCAAAUAGAUUGUUAUACUUAACACCAAAGGAACUCUCUAAACAUGAAGUUACAACAUUGUUGGGGGACGUUCCCAAAGACAUCAAGAUGAACAAAGGUUUUAGAAGAAAUUUAAAUAUCUCACAAUUGUUUAAAAGGAAGCAGGCUUCUAUAAAUAUUAAAUACGUUAAACAACGUACCGUUGCAACUUUAAACAAUACAACAGAUACAGGGAAAGUGCAUAAUUCCAAAAAUAUAACUUUUUUACCAACUAUUAGUGAGUCUGAAUCAAAGCCAUUGUUGAAGAAAGUUAAUGUUGACAAAGAUAAUGCUAUUAACUAUAGAAGAAUUCAUUCACGUAAUAACAAGAAACUAGGUCGCUAUAACAAGAAUGGUAAUAAAUUAUUGAAUCCAAGAAUUGAUAAAAUUUCAAGCAAAAAUAUAAUAGAUAAUGAAUCACAGUCAUAUUUUACUGCAAACAAUAUAACUAGUGAGAUAAUAGGUAAAUUAGAACAAUCUAACAAUUUGGUAAACAAAAGAAGUAUCAACUCUCUCAAAACGUAUGGUGAGUCCAUUGAAAGUCUUCCAAGAGACCCUGGAUCAGAAUCAGAUUAUCAUUUCAAUCUGAAAUCAAUUUGUGAGUUCAAUAAUCAUCCCUCUAGUCAGCACGUAGAUACAAGAUCAUAUAUAAUUGACAAAGAUUAUCUAAAUGUUUUGGAACCAAAACCGAUGUCACCCACUAAAAAUGAACUAGAUGUUUUGUUGAACAAUGAAAAUAAAAGGAAGCCAGUAUUUACAACUUCUAAUAGGCAUAAUUCUUCUCAUAAUGUUAAAAUUGUUUCCAUGAGCUCAAAUAAAGAUUCAGAAAAGUAUGUCCCAAAAUUUCAUUUAAAAGAGAAAGUUAUGGUCAUAGUUAUGGCAAGUGACGCAUAUCCAUGUCAUGUUAAUGAAUUUGGAGAUAUUAAGCCCUUGAAAACUAGGGUACUAGAGAGAUGGAAGGAAUAUUUACUUAAAGUCAAAUCAACUUGUAAAAAUAGUAUAUUAGAUGUACAGUUUAGUAAGACUGAUAAAAAUUCAAGUAUAAUCGAAGAAUUUACUUCUGAUAAUUCCUUAGAUGACAACUUUUGCAUCAAUUUUUCAAUAUCUAAACCAUCACAAAUACAGUUAUAUGGAACUCUUGAUAAGACUUUGUGUAUUCAGAGAAAUAGAGACAAUAAUAAUGAGAAAAAAAAAGAAAAUAAGUUUCGACAAGAUUGUCUUUAUAUUAUUUGUUUCAGGACCAGACAAAGUGCCUUAGUAUGGUACAAAUCGAUACAUGAUUAUUUUGGAGUAAAUAAUAUAUGCACUGACGUUUCAUUAUAUAUUCCAUCACUUAAAAUAACAUUAAAAAUAAAUUUUAAUGAGCUAUACAUGCAAUAUUUGAGAAAGGAAGAAAUUAAAAAUCAAGAGACAUUAAAGUUAAUGAGAACGAAACAUGGAUAUUUUACAAUCCCUUCCCCUAUUAUUAAAUAUCUAAAUGUGGUCAUAUUUGAAAGAUUACUAAAAAAUAAUACUUCUUUAAAAGAUAAAAUAUGGGAUAGGAAACAUUUACCUUUUGGUUUAUCCUUUAAGUUUUAUGAUAGACUAGAGUGGUUUCCAGAAACACUUUCGACUUUAUUGUUUGAAAAAAAUAUUUCGAAGAAAGGUUUCUGUCUUGAGUUUAGAAAAUUUAAUGACACUUCUUCAAAUCUUACUGAACACAGACAAUUGAAUAAAUUUAUUAAUCCUGUUCCAGUAGAAGGGUUUAUAAUCAAUAUCGUUGAUAUGAAAAAUUACUCAAGUCAAAAUGUUAUCGCGUCGCUAAAAUACUUAUAUGGUGUCACAAUGGAUAAUUUAUUGAUUUUAGUACCAUCACAGAAGGCUACUCCUCCUGAGACUUUUAACGAGUGGCGAAAACGAACCUGUCUCAAAUUAUCAGAAGAAGUUUACUCCGAGCACCGUUAUUCACAAGCUUCAUCUGAUUUUAACCCAUUUCCUUUAGGCGCUAGUGGAAAUAUAUCUUGGCUUAAGCUUUCUGUUCUGAAUUAUGAAUUUGAGGUUUAUGAUACGUAUGCAGAAGAAGGAUUUAAGAGAAAAGUAUACAAUGUAGUUAAUUCAGAAAGUGUACUCCUAUUAGAUGAUAUUUGUGACAUAUAUGUAUGCAAUGGCGAAAAAUUUAAUUAUUCAAAAAGGUCAUUAAAAUCCUUGUUGAUGUGUUCUUAUCGUUUAUGGGGUGACCGCAAUAACAUGAAAAAUAUACUUGCAUCAAUGGUUAUUUUAGUCAAUAAAACUGGGAAGGAAUUCAAAUUUCUUGCCCAAAAUCCUGAGGUUGCAGAAAAGUGGGUAACACAUUUACGGUUGAUUCAAGAUCAUUGGAAACGCUAUACCCUUUCAAGAAAGAGAAGUAUACUAACCUUACGGAACAGAAAUAUCCAAUUCUUAAACCUAUCAGAAACAGAAGAAUCAAAUAUAAAUAAUACAACACAGAAAUGGAUAUUAAAUCGUGGUAUAUCCAAUGCACGAAUUUACAAUAUUAGAUCAUUCGCAAUGCUAAAUCCAAUUUUGCAUCAAGGAUAUAUUUGCCAAAAAAAGAACAAAUAUUCUACAUAUGAUACGUUUUUUGCCAUUUUAAUUCCUGGUUUUAUUAUUUUAUUCGAAUUAUUUACAAGAUCUAUUUCAGGAUUUUCUAAAGAUGAGAUGAUUAAAAAAUGUAAAUUAAUUAUUCCUUUAAAAGGAUCUUAUAUUUAUUCAGGUAAUAUUACUGGUCUUGACUUUGGUCAAAAAAGACAACAGCAUAACUACACCAACCCAAGUGAAUCUGCAAUGCCAAGAGCAUGUUCAGAUGGGUGGAAGUCUCAUGAUACUGAACUAUGUAGAACGUUUGUACUUUGGUUCAGUUGUACAAACUUUAGUGCCAGUGAUAACAUAUGUCAAGGUUAUGAGAAUUCUUUCUUAAAUAAUAAAUCAUCCUUGGAUAAACUCUCGCAGAAUGUAUAUCAAGAGAACAUUGAGAAUGUAAAUAAAAGAUCACAAAGGAUGAAACAUUCAAAUAAAAGUGCAAUAUUCUUAACAAAGUUAAGGCAAGAUAAAGAUUUAUGGGUUUUAGCCAUUCAAUAUGAAUUAGAUAGAUUAAAUAAUUAA